AUAAAUGGAGUGCCUCCAAAUUCAAAUGCUGGUAUCAAUUCACUCUUGAGAGCAUUAGUGCUGGUUUUGGAAGAGAGAGAGAGAAAGAGAAAUGGGGCACCGUUGCUGCACCAAACAGAAGAUCAAAAGAGGGUUGUGGUCUCCUGAAGAAGAUGAGAAGCUUCUCAGAUAUAUCACAACUCAUGGCCACAAAAGUUGGAGUUCUGUCCCUAAAUUUGCAGGAUUGCAAAGAUGCGGAAAGAGUUGCAGAUUGAGAUGGAUAAAUUACCUGAGGCCAGAUCUGAAGAGGGGUUCCUUCACUUUAGAGGAAGAGCAGAUCAUAAUUGACAUUCAUAGAAUUCUCGGAAACAGAUGGGCUCAAAUAGCGAAGCACCUACCUGGUAGAACAGACAAUGAGGUCAAGAAUUUCUGGAACUCUUGCAUUAAAAAGAAGCUCAUAUCUCAAGGCCUAGAUCCACAAACACACACUCUUCUCUCUUCUCACAGGAGAAUUACAACCUCAUCAUCAUCAAACUUCUCUAACAAUAAUAAUGAUUCCUUUCUCAUUAUUACUUCAAAUAUGCCAAACAGUGUUAAUAAUAAUGCUCCCAUUAUUGAAACUAGCCAAGGCCUUUCUUCUUCUUCUUCACUACCUACCAAUAAUCAGGCUCAACCAAGUGUUGUUCAAGCACCGUCUAGCAUUGUUACCUCAUCGGAUUUUUGUUAUGAACCAUCAAGAAUAAUAGAGAAUAAUAAUAGUAAUAAUAGUAAUGUCUCCAAUAUUAUUUGUUCUCAUAAUUAUUCACCCAUGAAUAAUAGUAUCCCAUCUAAGAAUAGCUUAUUAUGGAAUUCAAGGACUGAUCAUGAUGCUGAAGAUUUCAGAGUUCAGACAUUGGAAGAAGGGCAAGGAAUGCAACAUUCACUACAUGCUGCUGAUGAUGAUGAUGAUGACGAGAUCAGAGAAGCUAAUAAUAUCAUUGAGAUGAAUACUAAUGCUUCUUUGGAGGGCUCCAAUAAUGAUAAUAACAAUAAUAAUAAUUUUGACUUUGGGUUGCUAGAAAGUGUACUUAACUCUGAAUUCAUGUCUCAUGAUAUCAACUAUAUGGAUGAACUUGCAUGGAACUUUUAGACCAUGCUUCAUUUAUCGUGUAAA